UGUAGUGAUGUGCUCACUAGAGUGAUCUCCGUCCCCCCAAACAGUAGAAAACCCAGGUCUUUUGCUUAAGUGGUUUGAGCUCUUAGGCGUGAGGCAUUAUUACAUAAAUUCAAGCUCGCUCCUGAUCCUUAGUACCCUGAGUUGCCUGAAGGGGGGAAUGGCACUGCCUGCGUGUGCAGCCCGGGCGCUCGGGCCGCCGUUGCAACUGGAGCGAGGAGCGCCCGCCCGCACCACCUGUCCCCGCCGGCAUUCCAGAGUAGAGGCCGAAUUGGCAGCAAGCCGGCCCGGAUCAGUCGCCGCCUCAGUCCGCGCGGGCCCUCCUAGGGGUGUGUCUCGCGGAUUCAACUCCCAGCCGCUCCUGGACGAGCCCCUAAAGGCUUCUUCUUCUCUGGCGGGAGCCGCGCGCGCCCCUCUCUUCGCGCUACUGCUCCGAGGCCGCCGCAGGCGGAUGCACGACCUCAGGAGACGCUGGGACCUGGGCUCCCUCUGCCGGGCCCUGCUCACCCGGGGCCUGGCCGCCCUGGGCCACUCUCUGAAGCACGUGCUCGGCGCGAUAUUCUCCAAGAUUUUCGGUCCCCUAGCCAGCGUCGGGAACAUGGAUGAGAAAUCCAACAAGCUGCUGCUGGCUUUGGUGAUGCUCUUCCUAUUUGCGGUGAUCGUCCUCCAAUACGUGUGCCCCGGCACAGAAUGCCAGCUCCUCCGUCUGCAGGCGUUCAGCUCCCCGCUGCCGGACCCGUACCGCUCGGAGGAUGAGAGCUCCGCCAGGUUCGUGCCCCGUUACAAUUUCAGCCGCGGCGACCUUCUGCGCAAGGUAGACUUCGACAUCAAGGGCGAUGACCUGAUCGUGUUCCUGCACAUCCAAAAGACCGGAGGCACCACUUUCGGCCGCCACCUGGUGCGCAACAUCCAGCUGGAGCAGCCGUGUGAGUGCCGCGUGGGUCAGAAGAAAUGCACUUGCCAUCGGCCUGGUAAGAGGGAGACCUGGCUCUUCUCCAGGUUCUCCACGGGCUGGAGCUGCGGACUGCACGCCGACUGGACCGAGCUCACCAGCUGCGUGCCCGCCGUGGUGGACGGCAAGCGCGAUGCCAGGCUGAGACCGUCCAGGUGGAGGAUUUUUCAGAUUCUAGAUGCAGCAAGUAAGGAUAAACAGGGUUCUCCAAACACUACUCCAGGCGCCAACUCGCCAUCAUCCGCAAAGGCCCGGAACACAUCUAAGAAUGGGAAAAAAUUUUUGUCAACAGCAGCAGUACUGACCUUCCAUGAAUAUGAUGAGACUAUCUGGGGGAGGAGACAUUUUCCCACACCUUCUAGAACAGAACAGUGUCUGUCAAUGUUUAGGAACACAUGUUAUUAUUGGAACUUCCACUAUAUCACCAUCCUCCGAGACCCAGUGUCCCGGUACCUGAGUGAGUGGAGGCAUGUCCAAAGAGGGGCAACAUGGAAAGCGUCCCUCCACGUCUGCGAUGGGAGGCCCCCAACUUCUGAAGAGCUGCCCAGCUGCUACACUGGAGACGACUGGUCUGGCUGCCCCCUGAAAGAGUUCAUGGACUGUCCCUAUAACCUAGCCAACAACCGCCAGGUGCGCAUGCUCUCCGACCUCACACUCGUUGGCUGCUACAACCUGUCGGUCAUGCCUGAAAAGCAGAGGAACAAGGUCCUCCUGGAAAGUGCCAAAUCGAAUCUGAAGCACAUGGCAUUCUUCGGCCUCACUGAGUUUCAGCGGAAGACCCAGUAUCUGUUUGAGAAAACCUUCAACAUGAACUUUAUUUCUCCCUUUACCCAGUAUAACACCACUAGGGCCUCUAGCGUAGAAAUCAAUGAGGAACUCCAAAAACGUAUUGAGGGACUGAAUUUUCUGGAUAUGGAAUUGUACAGCUAUGCAAAAGAUCUCUUUUUGCAAAGGUAUCAGUUUAUGAGGCAGAAGGAGCAUCAGGAAGCUAGACGGAAGCGUCAGGAACAACGCAAAUUUCUGAAGGGAAGGUUCCUUCAGACCCAUUACCAGACCCAGAGUCAGGGCCAGAACCCAAAUCCGAGUCAGAAUCCGAGUCAGAACCCAAACCUGAAUGCUAGUCAGAGUGGGACUCAGAGUCUGUUUCAGAAUCUGAUUCAGAAUCUGACUCAGAGCUCGGGUCAGAAUCCAAGUCCAAAGGAGAACCAGGAAAGCCAGAAGCAGAAUUCAGGCCAAGAGCAGAGCGAUGGCAACACCAGCAAUGGCACCCAUGACUAUAUAGGCAGCGUAGAGAAAUGGCGCUAAGUGGCUCCCAAAGGCUUUCACACACUUCUCCCAAAGCGCCAGUCAAAAUAGGGCAAAUCCUCAAACAUGAGAGCGUCCAAACACAUCCUGCUUCCUAAAGUUUGGAAGUUCAAAAAAGUUAAGAUGUCGCCUUUACAGUUGCCUUUCAAUUCAGUGUUCUACUGUGCGUGGGUAAAACAAAUUUCAAUAUGUAAUUAAAUUGCCUCUUUUUUUUUUUGGUUUGUUGGAGUAUUUAUAAAAUCCAAAAGCCAAACAAGACUCACCAGAAAUUGCUGUUUAGAUAUUUUAAGAAGUUCUUAAAUUAGUCAUAGGGACAAAGUGGAAACAUAAAAUGUGGCCAUUUAACUUAUGUCUAAGAAAUGGACUUUACAUUAUUCAUGAUACACUGUUGAAACCCAAUCUUGGAAGCAAACAUUUUUUUCCAGGGGUAAGCAUGAAUAUAACAUAAAACAAACUAAACACGAAACUUCAUUUUCUUCUGAUUAUAACCAAGAAUCUAUUUAAAUAAAAUAAGAACUGAUGGUAGAGUUUACCAAAUUGUAGAAAAUGGAAAACUUCUCUCCCAAACAUGAGUAGUUUUAUGUAAAAAUAUUGGCUUUUGAGUAGAAAGGGACUCAUCUUGUUAUUUGAGAUGUUUAAAAUUUUAAACUUUUUCUACCUUCUGCUAUUUAAAGGUUUUAAACAGGGUGUAUCUCAUAUUAAACCAAACACUUUUUCCAAAUGGAGUACCAAUGUAAAGAUCUAAUUUCCAGACGAUUUCUGGGCACUGUAAUUUCAACAAUUCUGGAAUCUUUUUGGCGCUGCUUCUCAUUCAUUUUAAAGCUUCUCCGAGUUGUGCUCAUUCCAAACUAACCCGUUUUAGAAUCUCUCUUCAUCAUCUAAAUGGUGUGUUGCUGAAUUUAUUGUGAUAUAUAAUCCUGGAUUAAAGUCAGGACUUUCUUUCUAUAGAAUUGUCUUAUCAAUGUUUGUGUAGUGAGAUCCUUAUCAAGAAACUCUUGAACAGGAUAGCGUGUCUUAAAAUAUUGCUGAAGUUAGUAUUCUGUUCUUGAUCAGAUAGAAUUGAACCUGAAUGUGAAUGAAUCGUUAUUUACUUUUUGUACAUUUUUAUUGUAAUGUUUCCAGUUGGGCUGUCUCUUUCUAGCCCGUUAGUUCUUUUUCAUGUUGACAGAGUGUAGACAAUUACGAGAGAAAAACAAGGUUGGAAUAAGCACUAGGAUAGCCAACGUUAUUCGGUAACACCAAAAGCUUUACCUCGAUACUUUGGGUGAGCCGUGUACCAGCUUUAGUUUUGAGAAAACAAAAGGCAAAAGUAUUCUGCAGUGAGGUUAAACAUCAGAAGCAUAUGGGUUGAAGAAAGUGAUUUGGUAUUGGAAGUCUGUGCAAAAAUACUUUCAGGGUAUCAAGUUUGAAUUGCACGGGCCAAAAAGAAGUAUAUAACCCACUGUGCUAGCAAACAUCCUGAUUCUGGGCAGCUUCCAUAUUACGGGUUUUGCUAUCCUUUCGUAAGGACUUACACUAAGCCUCUGGCUGUAAAUCAGAAAGGCAACUGCAAGUGGCAUUUAUGUUUUCAUGAGGGACAUGCUUAGAAAUGUGACCAUAAAGUCACAUCUUGUACAAUCUGCUCAUUUGCAUGAUCUAGUUUCAUCUGUCAUAAUAAGGCCACAAACUGGACAAGAAGCUGAGUACUUGGGUUAAAAAAUGUUUUUGACUCUGCGCUUGUAUCAGUAGAUCUAAAUUUUGUUUUGCCUGACAGUAUCGCAGUCCUGGGAAUCUGAGAACUGGAAAACUGAAAGGAAAAAAAUUUUCAAAAUCCAAAAUACCUUAAAGUCAAACUGUUUUAGAGUGAAACUAUUUUGUGUACUUUGUGUUUUUAAACUAAUGAUUCUGUAGAUCACUGUGGUAUUUCAGUUUCGUUUUGUUUUAAUGGAUGAUGUUUGCUCUUAAAGCUGAUAGGUAAUGUUGGAAAGAAGGAUGAAGCCCGAGCCAGUGGAAAAGCUUGUUACAGAAAAAAAUAUUUUGUGUUAUUGCUGUGGUGUGCAUGGUUUGCAGAGAUUAAGUGCAGUGUCUCUGUCUAUACUGAUUUAUUGUAUAUAGGGGAUGUUAUAAAUAUACAUUUUGGUCAUCAUCAUGUAAAUCCCAUGACUUCAACUGUAAACAUCUGUCCAAUGAUGUAGCUUUACAAACCAUUUACUGAUUUUGUGUAAUUUAACAAUAGAUAUAAAAUAAAGUUUAAAUUACA